CUUCCAUUCCAUCGUAAACGCUCCAAACACAAAGCUCAAAUCCAACCCCACCUACUAUCUUCUCUGAAACUCGAAAAAUAUCAGAGCCAGCGGCAGGCGUUACGGAAAGCAAAAUGGACCGGAUCAAGGGCCCAUGGAGCGCGGAGGAGGACGAGGCCCUACAGAGGCUUGUCCAGAAGCACGGCCCAAGAAAUUGGUCCCUGAUAAGCAAGUCCAUACCGGGCCGGUCCGGGAAGUCGUGCAGGCUCAGGUGGUGCAACCAGCUGUCACCGCAGGUGGAGCACAGGGCAUUCACGCCGGAGGAGGAUGACACAAUAAUCAGGGCCCACGCGCGGUUCGGGAACAAGUGGGCUACAAUCGCCCGGCUCCUGUCGGGUCGAACGGACAACGCGAUUAAAAACCACUGGAACUCCACGCUUAAGCGCAAGUACGCGUCCAUGGCCACAGAAGACGCCGAAGGGUAUGAUGGGAAUUUCGCUCAUCAGCAGCCGUUGAAGAGGUCCGUCAGUGCGGGUUCGGGUUCGAGCGUACCGGUUUAUUUGAACCCGAGCAGUCCAUCCGGGUCCGAUUUGAGCGAUUACUCCAGCGUUCCGAUUUUGCCCCCAUCGUCUCACGUGUACCGACCGGUGGCGAGGACCGGCAGCGUCGUGCCUCCGAUGGAAACGACGACGUCUUCGUCGGCGCCGGAUCCGGCGGCCAAUGACCCUCCGACCUCGUUGUCUCUGUCCCUCCCAGGAGCGGCCGAUUCUUGCGAAUCAUCUUGUCAAGCAGUGGCGGACGCAAUAACGAUACCUCUAUUUCCGGCGGCAGCGGCGCCGGUGGAGACCUCUGCGGCGGCGGAGGUGAACCGGGAGGAGGAUCGGGGAAUUGGGUUGGUGCCGUUGAGUGCGGAGCUAAUGGCAGUGAUGCACGAGAUGAUAAAAAAGGAGGUGAGGAGCUAUAUGUUGGAGCAGAGUGGUGGUGGUGGGAUGUGUAUGGGUAUGGGUAUGAGGGAAGAGGAUUUGUUUAGGAACAUCAAGAGAAUGGGGAUCAGCAGGAUCGAAUAGUAGUGAUAUUAGUAGUUAGGAAGAAUAUGGGAUAAAGAAUGGAGGAAAGGGGAAAGAAAGAUGGGCUUUGUUGUUUUUUUCGUUUUUUGCUCUGGUGUUUAGGAAUAAGUUUGGGCAAUGUACAGAGAGUGAGAGAGAGAGAGAGAGAGAGAGAGAGAGAGGUUGAAGUUUGAAUCCAAGCGGUAAAGUUCGGAAAAACUCGGAACUUUUAUCUUUCUAUGGCCGCCCUGGCCUUGUUCAGCAGGUUUUGGAAACAAAAACAUGCAACCAAAAAAAAAAAAAAAAGGGAAAAAGAAAGUUGAAAUUUCUCGUUCUAAUCCUUUCUUCAAUCACUGUUUUCCUC